AUGCUACGCGCGCCUGCUACAUCCACCAAAACCGUAGAGCGUCCGUCCGACGUAGACGCGCUACGCAACAGCCGCGAAAACUUCGUUCGAACUUCGAAUUUUAGUGUCUUUCGGUUACCAUCAGCCAUGAGUAGUUCACGGUGUGUGGCGUUGUUGGCGCUGUGGUUGGUCGUGGCCACUGCUACGCCUGUGAGAAGGUCACCAGAUCUCGAAGCUAGACGCAGAAGUGCUAUUGACCGCAGUAUGAUCAGGUUUGGCAGAUCAUAUCCCCCAGAACCCUCAGCAGCUGAUAUCAGAGAGGCAUUUCAGCGACCAUCACGUAGAGGUAACAGUUUCCUCCGAUUCGGCCGUACUCAACCCUUGGCCCUCACAGCCGAUGACCUCGUUUCACUCCUAAAGGCUUACGAAGAAGACUAUGACAGCCCUAUUUCUAAGAGAUCUGCAGGCUUCGUACGAUUCGGCCGAGACCCCAGCUUCAUCCGAUUUGGACGAUCUGUUGAUGAGGAUAAACUCGGUUAUGAACAGAACUCCGAGUUGGUUGUCAGUGGAUAUCCCCAGAGGAAAAACCGUGCGAGGGAUCACUUUAUCAGACUCGGUAGGGACAGCGAAGAAGGUAAUGAGAACGAAUUUGAGGAGGACCAAGAGAGCAGAAAGAAGAGGUCUACGGAAGCAUGCCAUGAAUGUCAAUCGUAA